AUGUCUACCGGGCAUAACAAAUCCCCGGCCGGCGAGGGGGCAGGUGAUCAGCGCUGCGCCUCGGAGCGCGACAACCCCUACUCGCCUCCCCUCGGAGCUCCGGGGCAACAAGCGCCCAAGUCCGCCCUCGCCCCAAGCCAGACAAUGGCGCACUUAGCGGGGGAGGGCCGCCGCGCGGGGCACGCGCUCUGUCGCGGCUUUGUCGCGCCCUGUCGCGCUCCGUCGCGCGAGCGGACAAUGAUGUCGCGCGCCGCGCUCGAGUCCCAGCGAAGCGCAGGGCUUGUGGAGGUCACGCCACACACUUCACACGCCGCCACUCCAACGACGGAGCACCGCCUGUGCGCGGCGUGCUCGGAGCCAAUCACAGACAAGUACCUGCUGCAGGUGAACGGCCAUUCGUGGCACUCGCGCUGUCUGCGCUGUUGCGUCUGCCAGCUGGCGCUCGACCGACAGCCGUCCUGCUUCAUCCGCGACGACAGCAUCUACUGCCGCGCCGACUACGCCAAGAGCUUCGGCGCCAAGUGCAGCAAGUGCUGCCGCGGCAUCUCGGCCAGCGACUGGGUGCGCAAGGCACGCGAGCACGUGUACCACCUGGCGUGCUUCGCCUGCGACUCGUGCAAGAGGCAGCUGAGCACGGGCGAGGAGUUCGCCCUGCACGAGGACCGCGUGCUCUGCAAGACGCACUACCUCGAGACCCUGGACGGCGGCAGCACGUCCUCUGACGAAGGCUGCGACGCCGACAGCUACCACAAGAACAAGGCGAAGCGAGUGAGGACCACCUUCACGGAGGAGCAGCUGCAGGUGCUGCAGGCCAACUUCCAGCUGGACUCGAACCCGGACGGCCAGGACCUGGAGCGCAUCGCGCAGAUCACCGGUCUCAGCAAGCGCGUCACCCAGGUGUGGUUCCAGAACUCUCGCGCGCGCCAGAAGAAGCACCUGCACACCGGCAAGAUGAAGACGCAAAUGCACCACGCCUCGGCGCCGCUGACCAGGGAGCAGGACCACGGCUCGUUCGGCCGACACAUCAACCUGCACCUCACAUACUCCUUCCAGCCGCAGCAGAAGGCGGCCGCCAUCUUCCUGCCUCACGGCGUGCACGACUCCUCCAUGGACGAGUUGUCCCAGGAGUCGCUGGCGCCCUGCAUGCGCGGCGAGGUAUGAGACGAGGCCUCGGGCGACGACCAUCCCUCGCCGCACUUCGCGUAGGCCCGGCGUCGACCCCCC